AAAUUAAAAAAAAAUAGAUAAUAAUAAACAGAUAAAAGGCUCACGGAGAAGCUGGGGAGCAGCAAACAGAAGAGAGUCUCUCUUUGAUUUCGUUGCUUCUAUAUGAGAGCACAAGCACCGAGGCCUUAGGUUUCCAUAGAUUCGGAUACACAGUUCUCUGAACCCUUAUACUACUUUCGCAUUCAAUUGAAGAUGUCGAGCUCGCCGGAGUUUGCAGAUUUGUCCGGGCAGAGGCAGGCGAAGGCGCCGGAGAAGCACAGCUUCUCGCAGAAGUGUAGCAUGCUGAGUCAGUACCUGAAGGAGAAGGGGUCCUUUGGCGAUCUCAGACUCGGGAUGACAUGCAACAUCGAAGGAAACGCUAUACCUGAGAUGUAUCGUCAGACAUCAACGAUGAAUUUGUUUCCGAUCAAUGAGAAACUGUGUGAUGUUUCCGGCCGUACCGAGCCGGCCUGUCGGUACUUUAAACCCGCCGAUUUGCUCCCUCAACCAGCUGGGUUUUCUACCUCGAUUCCAAAAGAAGAGGCCCCAAAGAUUGCUGCUGACUCUAGAGUGAAGAGGUGUGCCACAGCAGAGCCUGAAAAAGCCCAGAUGACAAUAUUUUAUGGUGGGCAAGUAAUCGUAUUCAACGAAUUUCCAGCUGACAAGGCAAAGGAAGUCAUGAUGUUAGCAAGCAAGGGAACCUCCCAGAGCCACACCAACAACCAGCAUGCCUUUGCCAAGAACUCUGUUGAUUCCACCAGUUCAGUCGCCACCGGCACUAGUGCUGUUCCUCCCAAUCCUGGCAAUAAAGCAAUUCAAGAGAACGUUCAACCGCCCCCUCAGCCUCUUGCUGGUGAGUUGCCAAUUGCAAGGAGAGCUUCACUCCACCGGUUCUUGGAGAAGAGAAAAGAUAGGGUCACUGCAAAGGCACCAUACCAAACAGGCAACCCAGGACUAGGAGCAGCCCCGACAAAGCCAGCUGAAAGCAAGGCAUGGCUCGGCCUGGCUGCCCAGUCACCAAAUUAGUUAAUCAUAUUCAUUUUUAGGCAAUUACAAUUCAAGCCUGCUGUCCUUUUUUUCUAGUGGGUUUUAUACCUGCUAAUGUUGUUUACUUAUUUAGCUUCCGUCCUUCUGUUAUGUUUCCCUCUUAACUUCGGCUCUAGUCAGCCAGCCUGCCUUAGAUCUAACUAUUGAUGAUGAAUCUCAGUUGUUGUAAUUAAAUUUGAUGUGAUCAUCUCGAUAACCGAUAUAUUUUUCAAUGAAUGGAGUAAUUUAUUAGAACC